UUCUUCACCCUAUUAUCAUCCAUUCUUCAUUGCUUGAUUUCCCUUCAAAGUUUACUGCUUUCUCUCCAGAAUUUUGCUUCUUCUUUUUUCAUUAAUGGCUGUUCAAGCCCAAUAUCCUUCCAAUAUCCUCCUCUUGAACAGAUGCGGACAAGAGGAGCACGAGUUUCCACUGCAGCAACAAACAGGAGGAGGAAAUUUUAUCGAUCAACCUCAUAUGUUUUUCAACAAUAAUAUCAGCAACAACGAUAAUCCGAGGAAAAGUGGAAGAGAAGUUGCAAUAACAAUGCCAAUCUAUUCAUUCUCCUUGCAAACACAGCCGUCACAGUUGAUAGACCUUUCUCAACUUCACCAACCAAAUGUAGUAUCCACCGGCCUCCGGUUAUCUUCGGGCGACCAACAACAAAACUUACAGCAAACUCAAAACCAUUGUUAUCCUCAACAACAACAAUUAAGUCUUCUUUUCGAUGAUUUGGGUACUCAAAUCCAAUGCCAGAGAGAAGAACUAGACCAAUUCCUUCAAGCCCAGGGAGAGGAAUUGCGACGUGGCUUGGUGGAGAGAAGGCAAAGGCACUACCGUGCGCUACUGAGGGCAGCGCAGGAAUCGGUGGAGAGGAGGUUGAGAGAGAAAGAAGCGGAAGUGGAGAAAGCAAAGCGUCGAAACGCCGAGUUGGAGGCACGCGCGGCGCAAGUCAGAGUGGAGACGCAGGUUUGGCAGGCGAAAGCAAGGGCGCAGGAGGCGAAGGCGGCCUCGUUACAAGCGCAGCUCCAACAGGCUAUAAUGAGCAGAGGGGCCGCCGUGGUGCACGAUAGCAGGAGAGGAGACGAGGGGCUGAACUGCACGAGUGGGGUGGAAGGGCAGGCGGAGGACGCCGAAUCGGCUUACGUGGACCCGGACCGGGUUGUUGCGAGGGGACCGGCCUGCAAGGCGUGUAGGACAUGUGUAGCGUCGGUGGUGAUGCUGCCGUGUCGGCAUCUUUGCCUGUGUACAGAGUGUGAUAGAGUGGCCCAAGCCUGCCCGGUUUGCCUCACCGUCCGGAAUUCUAGCAUUGAGGUCUUGUAUUUCCCUUGA